UUCGUCCUAUGUUGUUUUUUGAGAUGCGCCCUCACUGCCGAAUUAUAACGAGCCAACAUAUCAGCAUAUAAGGCAUUUGAAAGCCACCCCAGUCGAUCCGUUGAUACAGUUUCUACAUCACAUAUAACCAGGGUCAGAAUGGGGCGCGAAGAGCAAAUUGAGGAGCGGGAAGUGCUCGAGUCCAUCUUCCCCGAUGAAAUCACAGAGAUAUCCGAUACGGAGUUCAGGAUAAAGAUCACUCUCGACCUUGAUGUCCAAGAGGAACAAGACGACGACCUUCCGACCAUGCUCCUCUACGUGCGCUACCCGGAAGCGUACCCGGACGAGCCGCCAUUUCUCGACAUCCAAGCGCCCCCGAAUACUGUCUCCUCGCCAGAUCUCCCCUUCUCCGUGUCCGAGGACAAGACCCAGCUCAUGGAGGCCCUGGAGGUGGCGAUCCAGGAAAACCUGGGCAUGGCCAUGGUCUUCUCGCUGGUAACGACCCUCAAGGACGCGGCCGAGCAGCUCAUUGCCGAUCGCAGGGCGGAGCAAGAGAAGGUGCGCGAGGAAGCUGCCAUGGCGGUCGAGCGCGAGGAGAACAAGAAGUUUCAGGGUACUGCCGUCAACCGUGAGACGUUCCUACGCUGGCGCGACGCUUUCAUGCGCGAGAUGGAGGAGAAUAGAGUGCGCGAGGAAGAGGAGAGGCUGGCAGAGCUCAAGAAGGCUCGCGUCAAGGAGCCUGUCAAGCUCACUGGUAGGCAGCUAUGGGAGAGGGGCCUGGCUGGCAAGACCGAUGCGGAAGAAGUGGACGACGAGGAUGGUAUUUCUCAGGGGCUGGAAAAGCUCAAGGUUGAAGCCACAUAGAGGAACAAGCAUCUCCCAUACAAUCUCCCCGCCCCCUAUUGUUUGGUGUGAAACACAUUGACGAAACAAAAAUAAACAAGAGAGAUGAAAGGGCAUGGGGUGCUUGCGCCGCAUGUGUUCCAAGAUGAAGAGUAUAUUAUAUGUAAAGGCUGAAGGCCUCCUGUACAUAUAUAUCAUAUAUCCUUGUUGAAUAUGGCAUAAUGAGCCUGCAAUUGAAGGGUCACAGU